AUGGGUGCAUAUUUAUCAGAACCCGUUACGGAAAAAAUAUCUAAUGAUGAAUCAAACAAUAAAUAUGAAUGCGGCGCGAGUUCCAUGCAGGGGUGGCGUGUCAACCAAGAAGAUGCCCAUAACACAAUCUUGGAUUUUGAUACGAAUACAUCACUAUUUGCGGUUUUCGACGGGCACGGUGGAGCUGAAGUAGCUACAUAUUGUUCUCAGAACUUACCGAAUUUCAUAAAAAAUACAGAGGCUUAUAAAAAUGGAGAUCUGGUUAAAGCAUUGACUGAUGCCUUUCUUGGUUUUGAUGCUUCAAUUGCAACAAAAGAGGUUAUGGACAUUUUGAAAGAGCUUGCAGGUGAAAUAAACCCUGCUGGACCCAGUGACAAUGAGGAAUCUGAAGAUGAGUGUAUAAGUAAUUUAUAUAAGGAGGCUCGUCUUCCCCUUCAGGAAGUGCUGGCUAAGUAUGAAAACAAAUUAAGUACACUACACAGAGCCAGGCUCGGUGAUAAGGCUACUCCACUAUCUCCUUGUCUUCGUGCUAAAAGGAAUAUUGAUGAACCAGGUGGCUCAGGUUUGGGAGCAUCAAGUUCUAGUGCAGAGUGUAGCACUGCUGGGUCAAGUAGUGAACAGCCCAUUGAGGCCUCUUCUAGCAGUAAUGGUGCAAAUUCAAAAGAAACACAAAAUGGGGAUGAUACUGGAGGAGUCUCUUCAACAAAUUCCAGUGAUGAUAAAGAACGAAAUGGAGAGGUUUCAACUAGUGAACCCCAAGAAACUCCAGAGAAAGUUCCAAUGGAGGUAGAUACAACUCCGGACAGUUCGGCCGAUAAUGCUUCCAGACAGCCGGAACAAAGUGAAAGCACUGAUAAGCCUAAUAGUGGCCCAGAAGAGGUCUGUAAUGGGGAGGUCUCAGAUUCUAAGCAGGGUGAGGAAAACAUUACGUCUUCUAAUGGGGUAUCAACCCCAGAAGCGAGUAAAGACAAGUCUCCGGUUUCAAGCUCUGACAAACCAAUGCCCGAUCGUCCCAAGAAAUCGAAACUCCGAAGAGCGGCAGCAGCCGUGUAUGAGUCUCUGCUCCGUCAAGCCACUGCCGAUGAUGAUGAGAGUGACUCCAACGAUGAGACCUUUGAAGGAGGUGAGGUAGACUCUUCGGAAGAAGACAAUCUUAAUGGCGUAGAGGAGUCUUCUAAUGAUGGUGAAGCUGAGGAAGAAGAAGAGGAGGAAGACGAAGAAGCAGAGUCUAGUGAUGAAGAAGGAGAAGACAUCUCCAUGACCGAGGAGCCCGGGAACGACAGUGGGUGUACGGCGGUCGUUGCUUUGUUGAGAGGCAAUGAGCUAUACGUAGCAAACGCCGGAGACUCCCGUUGCAUUAUAUGCAGAGAAGAAAAAGCGAUAGACAUGUCGAUAGACCACAAACCCGAGGACGCUCCAGAGUUGGAAAGGAUCACGAAAGCGGGAGGCAAAGUGUCCAACGACGGCCGCAUCAACGGCGGCCUCAACCUGUCCAGGGCCAUCGGGGACCAUUCGUACAAACAGAAUAAAGACCUGGGCGCCACGGAGCAGAUGAUCACAGCUCUACCGGAUGUCAAGACAUUGACAAUAGAGCCAGAAAAGGACCAGUUUAUGGUGUUGGCCUGUGAUGGCAUAUGGAAUUAUAUGUCUAGUCAGGAGGUGUGCGACUUCAUCUUGCCGAGGCUUGCUGAAGGCAGGGAGAAACUAUCGCAAAUAUGUGAAGAGAUGUUCGACCACUGUUUAGCUCCAAGCACAAUGGGCGACGGCACGGGCUGUGAUAACAUGACUGCGAUUAUUGUACGGUUCAAAGACGGGGUGAUCGCCGAAGUCGCUCAAGCCGAAUCCAAGAAGAGGGCGGCCGAAGAACUCCCCGAGGAACAACAGGACUCCAAGCGACCAAAGGUCGACGACCCCUUGUCCAGUUCAAUAGUAACUUCGAGUGUUUAA